GGCCGGGCAGCAUGGGCGCGCCGCCGCGGGACCGCUGACCCCUGCCCGCCGGGACCAUGAAGGAGGUGGCGCACUGGUCCCCCAGGAAGGUGGCAGACUGGCUGCUGGAGCACGCCAUGCCCGAGUACUGUGAGCCCCUGGAACACUUCACGGGCCGGGACCUGAUCGGCCUGACCCGGGAGGACUUCACGCGGCCGCCCCUGUGCCGCGUGUCGGCCGACAGCGGGCAGCGGCUCCUGGACAUGAUCGAGACCCUGAAGGUGGAGCAGCACAUGGAGGCGCACAAGAACGGCCACGCCAACGGGCACCUGGGCGCAGGCGCGGCUGGCCCCGGCCUGCAGGCCACGCCCAACGGGGUGCCUAACGGCUACCGGAAGGAGAUGAUCAAGAUCCCCAUGCCCGAGCCCGAGCGCUCCCAGUACCCCGUGGAGUGGGGCAAGACCUGCCUGGCCUUCCUGUACGCGCUGUCCUGCUUCGUCCUCACCACGGUGAUGAUCUCGGUCGUCCACGAGCGAGUGCCUCCCAAGGAGGUGCAGCCCCCGCUACCGGACACGUUUUUUGACCAUUUUAACCGCGUGCAGUGGGCCUUUUCUAUCUGUGAGAUUAACGGCAUGAUCCUCGUAGGACUCUGGUUAAUUCAGUGGCUGCUCUUAAAAUACAAGUCUAUCAUUAGCAGAAGAUUUUUCUGCAUAGUCGGCACGCUGUACCUCUACCGCUGUAUCACAAUGUAUGUAACCACACUCCCGGUGCCCGGUAUGCAUUUCAACUGCUCUCCGAAGGCCCCGCCAGUGCGCCCCAGCUGGGAGCAUAUGUGGUCUGAUUCCCCUCGACGACUGUGGUGGUACCACUGGAUUUGCUGGCUCCUCAGCGUGGUUGGGAUCUUCUGUAUUCUCUUAGCGCAUGACCACUACACUGUGGACGUGGUGGUGGCGUAUUACAUCACCACAAGACUCUUCUGGUGGUACCACACUAUGGCCAAUCAGCAAGUGCUCAAAGAAGCUUCCCAGAUGAACCUCCUGGCUAGGGUGUGGUGGUAUAGGCCAUUUCAGUACUUUGAAAAGAAUGUCCAAGGAAUCGUACCUCGAUCUUACCACUGGCCCUUCCCCUGGCCGGUGGUCCACCUCGGGAGGCAGGUGAAAUACAGCCGCUUGGUGAACGACACAUAACGGCCGCACCAGGCGGGGGACAAGGACCCUUUCCAAGUGCUGAGAACUCCAUUGAGAGCAGACGCCAUAAACAGACUAUCCCGUUAUCUUUCAGCCGUUUCCUUGACUUAACCUAUUGAGUUACCUGGUCAGCACUGUGAUCUUUUUUUCUCUCCAAAGGACCUGCGUGGGACAACAAUAAAGAAAACGUAACCUAUCAUGCACUGCACACAUUUCCUGUUCGUGAGUCCGGGGUUCCGCAUAAGCUGCAUCACCACGUUCCUUUGUAUACGAUGCAACAGCAUAAAUGUAAGCUUUUCUAUCAUCCGUUCUGGUCUUUCCAGUCACAUCUGGAAAAUAAAGCGUAUUAUUUUCUUGGGAAAACAUACUUUUCAUAUCUCUUGCCCCAAAGAUUGGGCUGUAAGCCAUUUUCUAGCAAAUGUCUCUAUGAAGGUUUCUAAGUACCUGAAUGGGGUUCGAUUCUGAAAUCUUUCUACCUGUUGCACCGCUAUUCAAAUAAAAAAUGACAGACACAGAAAGGUGUGGUAACUUUGGGUUUUGUAAAAAGCAGAGAGAGUGUG